UCACGUCAAGUUUUCGUGUACCCACUGCAGUGUCCUCAAGUCUUAUCGUUCUCCCCUCUCUAUCAAUCAAAAUGAGUAACACCGAUCUCGCAGCCUCUUACGCCGCCCUCAUCCUCGCCGAUGACGGUAUCGAAAUCACUGCCGACAAAAUCGUCGCUUUAACAACCGCUGCUGGUGUUGAACUGGAACCCAUAUGGGCGUCAUUACUGGCAAAGGCCCUGGAAGGCAAGAACGUCAAGGACUUGCUAUCAAAUGUUGGUGGUGGUGGUGGAGCACCUGCUGCUGUUGCUCCUUCUGCUGGGGGUGCUGGUGCCGCUGCAGCAGAAGCACCAAAAGAAGAAGAGAAAGAAGAGGAGAAGGAGGAAUCGGACGACGAUAUGGGCUUUGGUCUCUUCGACUAAUUCAUAUCCUUCGUUUUCCUGUUUCUCUCUCCAUAUGAUGUGCUGUCCUGUCAAACGAACCAUGCUUUUACCAUUACUGUUGUGUGUAAUAUGUUGACAAUGCAAGCAUAUCUUCUAGAAGUAGUUAACUUAGUGUCAUCAAAAACUUGCGAAUCACACAGAUGCAGGAAGGAAUUUCAAUCAAAGAUGGCCAUGGGGUGCGUUGCUCCGGG